AUGGAUGCACUCGUUCCGGUUCAAAGUGCUGGACAUAGACUUCCUCUUAGACUGAUCUCACCUUCUCUUUAUCGGUGUAUCGGUUCUGUCUCCAUCAAACGCUCCUUUUCAGGUUUCCCCAUGGACACAAGGAUCAGUUCUAGAGCUCCGUCGCAGUUCACAAUUCGAGCUCAACAGGAGAGCUUAGGUGUUGCUUCUUCUUCUCCUUCACUAGAAAAUGAGCUUAGAAUCAAGGAAUGGGAAGUAGACAUGUAUCAGAAUGAAGUAGCUGUUAGCCAAGGUAUCAGGAUCAGGAGAAAACCACCAAGCAAGGCUCCAUUGGGUUACACUGGACCGUUUGAUCUGAGAUUGCAGGGUGCUGAUUCUCCAAGUAACAUUUUGGAGGAGAUUACAUGGUACAAAGACCAAGAAGUUUCCAAGAUGAAGGAACUGAACUCACUUGAGGCGUUAAAGAAAGCUGUAGAGAAUGCUCCUCCCACUAGGGAUUUUGUAGGUGCGCUUAGGAUGGCUCAUCAACGAACUGGCUUCCCUGGUUUGAUCGCUGAGGUUAAGAAGGCUUCUCCUAGUAGAGGAAUCUUGAAAGAGAAUUUUGACCCGGUCGAGAUUGCUCAAGCGUAUGAGAGAGGCGGUGCUGCAUGUCUCAGUGUUUUGACUGACCAGAAGUAUUUCAAGGGAGGCUUUGAAAACUUGGAAGCAAUAAGAAGCGCAGGUGUGAAGUGUCCCCUGUUAUGCAAAGAGUUCGUUGUAGAUCCAUGGCAGAUAUACUAUGCUCGGACUAAAGGUGCUGACGCAGUAUUGCUUAUUGCUGCAAUAUUAACUGACCUGGAAAUAACCUACUUGCUUAAGCUCUGCAAGAAACUUGGUUUGGCUACCCUUGUUGAGGUACACGAUGAGAGAGAGAUGGGUCGUGUUCUUGGAGUAGAAGGGAUUGAGCUUGUUGGCAUCAAUAACCGAAGUCUUGAAACAUUUAAAGUGGACAUUAGUAAUACAAAGAAGCUUCUUGAAGGAGAGCAUGGUAGACAAAUCCGCGAGAAAGACAUGAUUGUGGUAGGCGAAUCCGGUCUGUUUACACCUGAUGAUAUUGCCUAUGUACAAGCCGCUGGUGUUAAAGCGGUUUUGGUUGGUGAGUCCAUUGUGAAGCAAAACGACCCAGAGAAAGGCAUAGCUGGACUCUUUGGAAAGAACAUUUCUCAUACUUAG